CGGCAAAGAAAUAGCUUUUCGCCCAAAUUUGCUAAUUGAUCAAUGUUAUCCACCUUCUGACUUUUGUUUUCUUCGACCACAUUUAACAAAUCAAAAACUAUAAAUUCGUUCUUUAUGUUUUUUUCUCCAGAAGAAAUCCAUAGACGUAAUCAAACAGAUCAGUUGUUCAAUCCAUUUUACUCAAUCGUCCCGACCCUUCUUCAUUGUAGGUUGCAUGAAUCUAAUUGAUUAUUGGCAAGUUGUCAUUUGUAUAAUCUCUGGUUCUGACAAAGUGGCUGGUGAUGUCCCAAUGAUUGAAUAUAUCUCAAUUUUCCCAUUGUUCAAUGGACACAACAGCCCAUGUAUUUACCAUGUAAGAAGAAUUGUUUCUGUUUCGUGUUUUUCGGUUCUCCCCUUUUUUUCUUUUCUUUGACAAAUUCCAGUGUUUUUCAUUUCUUAUUUUUCUUGCAUUUUUUCCCCCUUUUAAAAAAUGCCGGAGAAAAAGUGAAAUGAGAUGUUUGUUUAAGAUCAUAGAGCCUGUUUUCCGAUCUGGGGCCUGAGAAUUUCUUCGGCUUAAAAUGUCUAUCCAGCAAGGAGACACGGAAGCUAAAGAUAUUGAAGCUGAAGCAGGUUCUUGUCUAUAUGACCUCUUAAGAAAGGAAACCUCGUCAAACUGGAGUCAAUGCUCAGGAGAAUGGAAAGAUUAUAAUUCCAGUCCAAGAGAGAGGCUGGCAAGUCUGUUGACCGAAGAUGGGAACAAAUUUUGUGCAGAUUGUGGUUCACAAGAUCCCAAAUGGGUAUCUGUGAGCAUUGGAUCUUUCAUCUGUAUCAAAUGCUCGGGAGUACACAGAAGCCUUGGAGUGCAUAUAUCAAAGGUUUUAUCUGUGAAACUUGAUGAGUGGUCUCACGAGCAAGUCGAUGCCUUAAUCGAGAUGGGUGGAAAUACUGCUGUGAACUUGAAAUACGAAGCUCACAUUCCCGAUAAUUUAAAAAAACCGAAUCCUAAUUCACCUGCCGAGGAACGAUCUGAUUUUAUAAGGAGAAAAUACGAGCUGCAUCAAUUUUUGAACUGCGAUUUAACUUUGUCUUGCCCGUUUCCACCCACAUCAUCGUCCUCCAGCUGCAGUUCUUCGGGAUGCAGUUCUCAAUUGGGCCCUGAGAAGAAAAACUAUGAAAAACAAACGACGUGCCAUCGUAUACAAGGUAUUGGCCACGCGUUUCGUAAUAGCUGGCGGAGAACAGAACACAGGACAACUAAGAAAAGUAACUCAAUGGCAGGUAUGGUCGAAUUUGUAGGAUUGAUUAAGGUUAAUAUAGUAAGAGGCACUAACUUAGCUGUACGAGAUAUGGUGACAAGUGAUCCGUACGUAAUCCUCUCCUUGGGGAAUCAGUCGAUGAAGACACGAGUUAUAAAGAAUAAUCUCAACCCAGUUUGGAAUGAAAGUCUUAUGCUUUCAAUUCCAGAAAAUAUACCCCCAUUGAAGUUGCUCGUUUAUGAUAAGGACACUUUCUCGACGGACGAUUUCAUGGGGAAUGCCGAGAUCGACAUUCAGCCAUUACUCUCGGCUGCUAAGGCUUCAGAAUCCUCCUCGAUUAUUGAGUCGACAUUGAUCGGUAAAUGGAAAGCAAGCCAAGAGAACACGCUUGUCAAGGAUGGUGUCAUCAUGUUCGAGGAUGGCCGUGUGAAACAAGAAAUCUCCAUUAAGUUACAAAAUGUCGAGCGUGGAGUGCUCGAGAUCGAGCUCGAGUGUGUGCCUCUUACACAGUAGAUAAAAAAAAUGGGGCAGAUGGUUGGACCCUUUAGUGAAAAUACAAACUAGCAAUAAGAAGUCCUCUAUUAUGUCCAUGCUUGAGAAUUGAGAUUAUUACUUCAUGUGGAAGCAAGUGAAAAUGAAGAGUUUUGUGAAUUAAUUUGCUAAUAGGGGAUUAUGAGGCAGUUCAGUGUCAUGACUGGAGAGAUGUAAAUUUCUGUUGUAUCUUUUUUUCUUCUUCUUGUUCUUUUUCUUUUUUAAAUGUAUUUAUACUGUGUAGUGUAGAUGAGAUUUUCUUUUGGAGGCUGUAAAUCAAAAUAUUUUAGUGUUGUUUUGUCUACAUCAUUAGUAAGAUGGCUACUCAAAAAACAUUUUCAAUUUGG